AAAAUAUGAACUAUGCACAAGAAAUACAAGAUGAAGCGCUAACGUGUCUAGAAAAAGUAAGUAAUUCAGAACCAAAACUCUUUGCGUGAUCUGUCGAGUCUUGAGUUUCGUGCGGAUCAAUAGAGAAUCGACGGACUAGAUGCAACUGUAAGGAUCGGUAAAAAUGUAGUUUGAGCCUGUACGCACGUGGUUUACGUUUAGGCUCAUCCACUCCGAACCCGAAGUACAUCAUGGCAGCACGACCCCAAUUUGUACGUACUCCUACCUGCCUGAUGACAGGUCCUGACGAGAUUACUUGAGCACUUGCUCGCUUUUUAAGUGUUUUCUAAAACUACGCACUAUAUUAACUAGUGUAGUGCAGACUGAUAUGAAUAUGAUGUGCUCACCAGGAGGACGGUUUCUGAGGACAAAAUAAGGUGGGGCUCCUCAAUGUAGCAUGACAAUUUUUACGUGGUCGUGCCGAUACUUGCGGCACUAGCGAGUCUCGACGUGUUUUUUCUCUUCCUCGUCCAACAAUCAUGGGUGCGAGAGAUGGGUACCUCAUUCUUAGACCUUCGAGUUUCUAUUUCUUCCCUAGGCAUUUGAAUUUAUGCAUAACUACUUACUUGCUGUAGCACGAGUAGAUCCGGCAGCGACAAAUCGUCCUUCUGGUAAGAAUCCGCUCUAGCUACAAACAGCGUCGAUACUAUACUAGGAUCCUCGCGCGACAGCAUCUUCUGAGGACGAGCAGCGUGAGAAUAUUACUCUAUUCAUGUUAUCGAUGACAACUAGAACGAAGAAGACAAGGGUAUUUGCGUUUAACGCCUGUUCAUCGUUUUCAUUAUUGAAAAAAGAAAAUCCAUCUUGUGGUUGUUGGCGUUAUUCUGAAAAGCUUCCGAUGAUAUAACCUACGUCCAUCGUCAACACCAUCCCUCACUCCCUCACCAUGAUCAGCCACACUCUCCGUGACCGGACUCGUGGAGGAACGUUUCUGGGGGUCGUGUUGUACUCGUAUUACAUGGCGUUUUACCACGGAUACAGGGACCUCCGGGUCUUCACCAGCGUCAUGCUAAGGCUAGUUUAAUUAUCGGUCGUCAUUAUCGUUAUCCUGUACUUGUUGCUGCAGUAAUAGCAUUUGGCCCACCUGGGAGUACUUCUGUAUCUAAAUUAUCUGUUUAAUGUACUAGACUGAAGAUGCAGGUAGUGCGCUGCUCCGUGGCUGCCCCCUUGAAGUUGAUCUACAGGGGGGACCUUCAAGGGGAACAUAAAGAGCAGGUCACUCAUACUCAGCCACUGAUAGAUAGUGAAAGAUAAUUACCCUAUCUGAUAGAACAAGUGAAAGACAACGACUCGUCAUCAACCACUUCUUAUACAUAUUAAAACAAGACAACUACCACGUGCACUCCAGGGGUAACAAAAAAUGGGAAAUACAUAGUCUGCAACUCCGACACCUACGGAUUCACGGCUAAGAACAAUUGCAGGAGCAGCGUGGGUGCAAUCUUAAGGCAAAGGCUGUCGAUGUUUGGUUGUGAUUGUGUGGACUCUUGUUCAUAGUAUGUCGACGUGUGUUAACAUUGUUUUUGUUAGUUCUCCUUCUACUACACGUGGUUCUACUUCUAGUACCAGUGCUCGCUGUAGUGCUUCUGUGUCUCAAGAAGCACACUGCUGAAAUUGGAAUGAAAAAAAGCUGAAGCUCUAAGGUUCCACGUGCUGAAGCGCCAUACAGAUGAUGCGGAUGACGACGGAGGAGCACGCGAUGAGUAACCAAAAAAGCACAGCAAGAGGAUGGGAAAAAACCAUUAACAAGAAGAGGGGUUUUUUAAUGACUUGCUCUUCAAGUGCUAAGAAGAAGGAAGAGUCGAAGCAGUAAUUAAGAUAUCUGUCGCUCAAGCGUCAAAAGAUACCUCCAGAACAGGUAAAUGAAUGAAUGAGUUUUCUACCUUGCCAGAGUUGAGAAGGGCUGUUUGCAUGUUGUUGUAAACUUUCUAAUAAGUCUACGUCGCGUGUUUGUGGAGAAGGAAAGAUAGGUUAUUAGCAUUUCGUUGGACAAAACCAUAUGGCUGUCAAAAUGUAGAAAGGCACAUCCAUGGCGUUCGCGAAACGGAACAGGCACUUAAUAAUUAAUGGCAUAAGAAGUUGUAGAUACAAUUCCGCUCUGC